UUUUGGCGCCAAGCGUAUACUCUCCUUGACAUCCAAAACAAAUGGCGACAGGCAGAAGCCUUCCUUACCAAACGCCAAUCCAAUCCAGUGGCCUCUACCUUCCAUCUUGCCUUGAGCAGGUUAUCUUGGUCAGGCUCCACGAAAGGUUUCUGUGACUGGUCACCCAUUCAUGACCUUGCAGAUUUCGCAUCGCAGAAAUGGCUGACCGAUACAAAUCUGAAUAUGAUGUUGGACAUUGUAUAUGGAGAUAAGGAUGUAGCAUCGAAGCAUACCUUUGAAACUGCAUAUUUUGUGCCAUUACUAUUACUCGCACAUGACGAGCGUGCCGAGAAAGAUUAUUUGACCUCGUGGGAGGCAAAACCUUUUCGCAGUGCCGCCGAGCAGUUGUUCAAGGGACACUACAAAAGCCUUGGUAUCCCUUUCCAUAUCCACGAGAACCAUUGGACUGCAGUUCUGAUCAAUGCGGAGGACCAGAAAGUCCUCUAUGGAGACUCAUUUGGCGCAGCUAUUCCAAAUAACCUGAAGGCAGCCAUUGAUUGGUGGCUCUCGCACCAUUCACCAACUCCCUUGACAUGGGAUGAUCUACAGAUUUCCUGCCAGGAGGAUACGCACUCCUGCGGUGUCUUAGCUGUCAAUGCCCUCGCUCAUUUCGUCCAACCAAUGAAGUUCCCUCUAUUAUCAUCUUCCGAC